AAUUUUUUUCUUCCCCAUUAUUUUAGUAUUGUUUCAGACAGCAGACCAAACGAGCCCAGGAAGAAGGGGGUAGAGAGAGAGAGAGAGGGGAAGGAGGAAGGACCAAUCUUGGAGAGCAAAACCCUAGUGGAUAUAUCUUUUUUGUUCUCGAAGUUGUCAUCUUUUCUUUGAUUCGUUGUAUGGUAAGAGCCCAGACGAGUUGCUGCAGAGGGGAGUGACAAAUUUUCGAUCUUUUUUGGAGCUGAGAUCCUUCUGCUCAUUGUAAUUUUUGAAAGGGUGGAAGAGUGGUUGCUGAUACUUGCUAGAUCUUGUCUGAGUUUUCUGAGCCCUUCCAGCAGAGGUUGAGGGGAAAAAUGUUGUCGAAAUCGUACACGAACUUGUUAGAUCUAGCCUCCGGGAACUUCCCGGCGAUGGGAACUUCUUCCCGCGAGAAGAGGCGGCUUCCGCGGGUAAUGACGGUCCCGGCGGACAUAGUUGAGCUGGACGACGAUCGAGCCAAUAGCGUCGCUUCGGACGUUCCCUCUUCCAUUGCUCAGGACCGGAUAAUCAUAGUGGCCAAUCAGCUCCCUGUUAAGGCCAAGCGCCGCCCGGAUAACAAAGGCUGGGCCUUCAGCUGGGAUGAGGACGCGCUAUACUUGCAGCUUAAGGAUGGAUUGCCUGAUGACAUGGAGGUUCUAUACGUCGGUUGCUUGCAGGUUGAUGUUGACCCUGCUGAACAGGAUGAUGUCUCUCAGCUACUGCUCGAUCGGUUCAAGUGCGUCCCUGCAUUCUUGCCACCCGAUAUUCUGUCUAAGUACUAUCACGGGUUUUGUAAGCAGCAUUUGUGGCCUCUGUUCCAUUAUAUGCUCCCUUUUGCAUCCAAUCAUGGUGGGAGGUUUGAUCGGGCCCUGUGGGAAUCUUAUGUGGCGGCAAACAAGAUAUUCUCAGAGAAGGUGAUUGAGAUCAUAAACCCAGAGGACGACUAUGUUUGGAUUCAUGAUUAUCAUCUGAUGGUGCUUCCCACAUUCCUUAGAAGACAUUUCAUAAAACUCCGAAUGGGCUUUUUUCUUCACAGCCCAUUUCCUUCGUCGGAGAUAUAUCGGACCCUUCCUGUUAGGGAAGAGAUCCUUAAAGCGCUCUUGAACUCCGAUCUUAUCGGGUUCCAUACUUUUGAUUACGCCCGGCAUUUUCUUUCAUGCUGUAGUCGAAUGUUGGGUUUGGAAUACCAGUCCAAGAGAGGAUAUAUCGGGUUGGAAUAUUAUGGGCGGACAAUUGGCAUAAAAAUAAUGCCUGUCGGAACCCAUAUGGGGCAGAUUCAAUCGGUAUUGAAGCUUGCAGAUAAAGAAUGGAUGGUUGAAGAGCUAAAGCAGCAAUUUGAAGGAAAAACAGUUUUGCUCGGAAUUGAUGAUAUGGACAUCUUUAAAGGUGUGAACUUGAAGUUUUUGGCUAUGGAGCAGAUGCUAACACAGCACCCUAAAUGGCAGGGGAAGGCGGUUUUGGUUCAGAUCACGAAUCCUGCUCGAGGAAAAGGUAAGGAAAUUGAGGAAAUUCAGGCAGAAAUACAUGAAAGCUGCAAGAGGAUAAAUGAGACUUUCGGUCACGCAGGUUAUAAACCCAUAGUUUUUAUAGAUAGGCCAGUAUCCGUCACUGAGAAAGCGGCCUAUUUUACGAUUGCCGAGUGUGUUGUUGUGACCGCUGUAAGAGAUGGGAUGAACCUCACACCCUACGAGUACAUUGUGUGCAGGCAGGGGGUCCCAGGUUCGCCCGAUUCAGGCUCUUCUGGACCCAAUGAGCCCAAAAAGAGCAUGCUCGUGGUGUCCGAGUUCAUUGGAUGCUCUCCCUCUCUCAGUGGUGCCAUUCGUGUUAACCCAUGGAAUAUCGAAACAACUGCUGAGGCAAUGCAUGAGGCCAUCUCGCUGGCUGAUCAGGAAAAACAGUUGAGGCACGAGAAGCACUACAAGUAUGUUAGUCAACACGAUGUAGCCUACUGGUCAAGGAGCUUCUUUCAGGACCUUGAGAGGGCCUGCAAGGAUCAUUUUCGAAGGCGUUGCUGGGGAAUAGGGUUAAGCUUUGGGUUCAGGGUCGUAGCUCUUGAUCCCAGCUUCAAAAAGCUCUCGAUCGAUACUGUUGUUCCUGCAUAUAUAAGGUCGAAAAAUCGGGCAAUUCUGUUGGACUACGACGGGACUAUCAUGCCACAGACAUCCAUGAACAAGAUGCCAAGUUCAGAGGUUAUCUCAAUCCUUAAUAGCCUCUGCGCUGACCCUCAGAAUACUGUGUUUAUUGUGAGCGGAAGAGGACGUGAAAGCUUGGGAGAGUGGUUUUCCCCUUGCAGUAAACUUGGGAUUGCAGCAGAACAUGGUUUCUUCUUAAGGUGGUCGGCCAAUGAGGAAUGGGAGACUUGCAGCCAGAACAACGACUUUGGGUGGAUGCAGAUAGCAGAACCUGUCAUGAAGUUAUAUACUGAAGCAACCGAUGGUUCCACGAUUGAGACAAAAGAGAGUGCCCUCGUGUGGCAUCACCGAGACGCAGACCCAGGCUUUGGGUCAACUCAAGCCAAGGAGAUGUUGGAUCAUCUAGAGAGUGUACUGGCGAAUGAACCCGUUGCUGUUAGGAGCGGACAAUUCAUUGUUGAAGUUAAACCACAGGGGGUCAGCAAAGGGGUAAUUGCAGAGAGGAUCUUUGCCACGAUGGCUCACAACGGAAGACCCGCUGAUUUCGUGCUCUGUAUUGGCGAUGAUAGAUCAGAUGAGGACAUGUUUGAGAUAGUGGGCAAUCUUAUUGGAGGGACUCUCGCCUCCAAUACCUCAAUCUUUGCAUGCACUGUAGGUCAGAAACCGAGUAAAGCAAAGUAUUUCUUGGACGAUACUGCUGGGGUGAUCUUACUGCUCGAGUCUCUUGCCGAAGCUUCAGAUCCUCUGUCAUCUACGGAGGUGGGCUCACCCUGAUGUUACAAUCCUCGAAGAGGACUGUUCUUUGAAGUCUGAACCAAGCGUUUGCCCUUUGACAAAUUUGUAUUUACUCAAUGGGGCGAGGAACCUCAACUCACAGAAAGCGGUGACUCGCGCAUAGAUCUGCAAGAGGUGCAGCUGAAGUUCUGAUCGGAACUUCUAAGUGUUCAGACCACGAAAAGGUCUGCUUGUUAAGGUUGACGAUAAGAGGGAAGGUGUUUGUCUCGAGGAAAAAGCAGCUGUUAAUCAUAAUGCAAUCGAAGUGUUUCGUGGAGAAUAGGUAAACUUCUUUGGUAUUUUUUUUGGCUGAAAUGAGUAGGUGAACUUCUGUGGUUAAUUCCUCAUAAAUGAUUUGGUGAUUAGAAGACAGUUUUUAACUGUAUAUGUUUUCAUUUGUUCCUAUUUGAUUAGUCAUUUUGUACAGAACAGUUCCCAAAUGUUUGCAAUUGUUAAGGAUCCUCAGUUUUUUCUUAUAUAUUUACAUAUGAUAUCAUAUGUCA